GACCAAACAAUACUGAUACAAUCACUGGUUCACCCCGUGUCCCUUCAUAGCACCGAGAGCACAAACUUCCCCAAUUAAGAGACACGUUUCUGCUUUUUCUUUUGUUCCACAGCUGCUUUUUAACAUUUCUUCUCAUUGCAGGACACAGCCCGCUCCUGCACUUAAAGACGCGAAGACCAUAGUUUGGAAGAGGUCACACUGCUCCUCCCACCAUGAUGUCAUUGAGAGUAGUGGCAGUGGCAUCCUUCCUGCUGGCAAUGGUGACAUCAUCAGCAGGUCACAGCUGCCCUGCCGAAAGGGGUUACCCCGGGAUUCCCGGCAUUCCCGGAGGACCUGGGCCGAACGGCAAGGACGGGCUGAAGGGGGGAAAGGGGGACCCAGGUGACAGCGCACGCCAAGUCAAGGGAGAGAAAGGAGAGCAGGGAGACCUGGGUGCCCCAGGCAGGGUCGGUCCCCAGGGAGAUCCUGGCCCCCCAGGGCCCCCAGGCCUGCCAGGACUGAAGGGCUCCAUUGGGGAGAUGGGUGAUAUUAGCGCGACGAAGCAGUCCGUCUUCUCCCUACGCAAGACUUCAAAAGCCCCGUCCCGUCGCGACGAACCCAUACGCUUCGACACACCCAUCCUGCUGGACAAAACUGCAGUGCGCAUUGACGCGUCGGUUUUCGUCUGCACCGCCAAGGGCCUGUACUACUUCACCUACCACGCCUCGUCCAAGGGAGCCCUCUGCAUUAACAUAAAAAAGAACAACAUGAAGGUGGUGGGCUUCUGCGAUCACGUCCAGGGGGCUUACCAGGUGACCUCCGGCUCUGUGGUUCUGGAACUCGAUGUCAACGACAAGAUCUCGCUGGAGCCCACAGAGAAGAACUCUGUGCUGGCCUCCGAAGGGGCGGACAGCACCUUUAGCGGCUUCCUGCUCUUCUCUAGCACCUAGCCAAGGCCAGUCAGCCACCGCUAGGCAGCUCAGGGGAAGCACUGCUAGCUCGCUUGCGCUUUUCUAUGAUAUUGCAACAUAGAGCUUGACCCGUUCAGAAGUGCUAUGAAAAAAAAAUGCUAUUGUGUUAACUUGAUUGAAAAGCAAUGCAAAGUGUAGGCUGGUAACUUUGUACACACCUGCUGGACAGACAGGCAGCUGUGAACAAAAUCAAGCAGAUGCCAAACAGGCAAAAUAAAUGAUCUUUGUUGAAAAUGUCACUUGUCUAAACUUGUGUUAAUAAAGUCUUUUUAAACGGCA